CUCCUCGUCUUUCUAAUUAAGUCCGAUGUUUCAAAAAUAUGCUAAUGGCGUCUGAACCUGUUUGAAUGGAAUGAGCAAGCAUCUCCAGGAACUCUGUUGCCAUUUACAUAAUUUCAUUAUCAGUUAAUCCAGACGGGCAGUAGGGGACCAGAUGUGAGGAAGAGGUCUGAGUUGCUAAUUGGUCAACAAGAGCACAAAGUCUUUUGUGUACAGUGAGUCUUGAUCCAAUCUGGUCCUAAUGAGAGUGAUGUUCUACAGUGAUAAAACAUGGCUGUGGCCUCCUGUAAAACACUGAGCAUCCCUGCCUUUAAUUAUCGACCAGACUCGGAAGAGGAGGCGGGGGCCGCAGAGGGAGAGGGGCAGCUGGAGGGGCUUACAAGAUUGGACAGGAAAUCCAAUGGCAGACAGAGAGACAAUGAGAGCAGGAGGGGGACGAGGAGGAGGAGGAGGAGGAGGAGGAGGAAGAAGUUGGACGAGGAGCAGAAAAAGACCCAAAUCACUCAUAUGCAGACGAUAAAUGAAACCAGGGAGAGAGUGAAGGCCACGGUGAAGUCCCUGUGGUGCUGUAUGCUGGGAGGAAGAAAAAAAACAGCAGAGUUUCUAACAGUACAGGGGGAGACAGAGGCAGAGAGGGGAGAGAGUGGACACCUCACCCACCACAACAGUCCCCUGGAGGAGAACAGUGCUUAGCAGCAGCAGCAGCAGCAGCAGCAGCACAGGGCCACGGUGACAGCAGCAUGAUGGAGAUGGAUGAAGACCAGACCAGAGCUGGACCCCAACACGGAGGAGCAAUAACUGGAAUCACCUGAAGUUGGCAACAGGAGGGAGUUGUUCCAGAGUUUGGACUUUCUGGCGUCCACAGAUGCAGUCUGCCCCAAACACUGGAGACAGAGUGGUUUAUGGAAAUCAAACCCACAACUGAAGGGUUGUAAUACAAGUGAUCUGCCCACUGAUCCACAGCUCCUUCCUGUGAGAGCCUGAAGACCAGAUGAAGAUGAGGAACCAGCUUUGAUGUUCACCGCCCCCAGACCUCCUAAAAAUAUACAUCCGAAGAGAGGAUCCCAAAAAGUUAACUGCGUGUGUUUGUCAGCGCUCAUGACAUCUGGACACGUCCGGUGGCCUGGCCUGGAACAGUCUGGACUGAAGAAGUGAAUCUGAGUGGACACACAUUAACGGCCUUUAGUUCUGCAGAAGAGAAUGAACUGAACGGAGUCGCAGCUGAAUCAGCGCUGACAGACUUCCCCUUCACUUUGCCAAGAAAACUCUUGUUUCCUCUGAAUGGCUCUUUUCUGAGCCCCUUCCCCAAAAACAACUCCUUCGCUGAACUUUCACACCACAUUCCUUCACUUUCUCAGACCCUUCCCCAAGGGUCUUGGACAUUGUCUCGGAAUUCACUGAGGAGAAAGAGUCUCCUCCCUUUACGAAUCUUAAAAUUUUUUCCUCCUCCUACUUCAGUCCAAACAUGGACCUCCACAGGGCAGCCUUCAAAAUGGAGAGCUCCUCCUACCUGCCCAAUCCUCUGGCCUCCCCAGCCCUGAUGGUCCUGGCCUCCACGGCCGAAGCCUCUCGUGAUGCUUCCAUCCCCUGCCAGCAGCCACGCCCGUUUGGCGUUCCGGUGUCCGUCGAGAAAGACGUCCACUUGCCAUUCAACAACGGUUCCUACACUUUUGCUUCGAUGUACCACCGCCAAGGUGCGGUCCCGCCAGGAUUCCCCAACAGGGACUUCCCACCAUCUCUGCUCCAUCUCCAUCAUCAGUUUGCUCCACCAAACCUAGACUGCUCACCAAUCAGCAUGCUGAACCACAGCGGCGUCGGGGCUUUCAGACCUUUCGCCUCACCCCCAGAAGACCGCGACGGCGCUCCUGGUGGGUAUCAGUCUGCCUUCACCCCGGCCAAGCGCCUCAAAGGCUGCCUGGACGCGGACGCCUCUCCUCACCUGCGGUACUCUGACGCGGAGGGCAAAGAGUACGACUUCGGAGGUUCUCAGAUUCCUCCUGGAGGUUCUCCCAGCAGCGCCCUGAAGGCAGUGGAGGACAGUGGGAAAAAGAUCUUCGCCGUGUCUGGUCUCCUGUCUGACCGAGAGACAUCCUCCAGUCCAGAGGACCGCAUCGAACGCUAUCUGUCAACUCUGACCUCCACCUGUCACCUUGAUGUAUUUGCACCUUAUUGUAAAAAGAAGAGUCUGUACGACAGCCAGACUCCCAUCUGUCCCAUCUGCCAGGUCCUGCUGCGGCCCGGAGAGCUGCAGGAACACAUGGAGACGGAGAUAGAGAGGCUAACGGCUAUAUGUCUCAGUAAGAACCCUUUACCCAAGGAUGGAGCUGCCACUCCAGGGACUCCUAAGUCGAUGCUGUUGUCGGUGCACAUCAAGCGUGAGGGAGAGUCUCCCGUGGUCUCGCCUCUGUCCUCAGAAGACGCCCACCACUCGGACAGAUACCAGACGUUUUUGCGAGUUCGUGCAAACAGGCAAACGAGAUUGAAUGCACGCAUAGGGAAAAUGAAGAGGAGGAAGCCUGAGGAGGGGGGGCAGGUAUGUCCACUAUGCAGCGCCCCAUUGGCUGGGAGUGAGGAGGAGAUGAGUAGACAUGUGGAACAGUGCCUGAUCCAGCGUGAGGGUGCACUUGCUGACGAUGACUCUGCAGACAUGGAUGGAGAGAAUGGGCGGGGCUUUGAAGAAUAUGAAUGGGCAGGACAGAAGAGGAUCAGAGCUACAGCUUUGCUGGAAGGAGGCUUCAGAGGAACUGGUUUUGCCACAUGUAAUAUAAAAGAGAGUGCAGCAGACAGCGAUGCCGACCUGGACGUGGACGGCGAUGACACGUUGGAGUACGGCAAAGCCCAGUACACUGAGGCCGACAUCAUUCCCUGCUCUGGAGCUGGAGAGGACCAAGGAGAGGCCAGAGAGAGGGAGGCGCUACGAGGAGCCGUGCUCAAUGGUGGAAUGCCCUCCAACAGAAUAACACCGGAGUUCUCAAAAUGGGCCAGUGAUGAAAUGCCUUCAACAAGCAACGGAGAAAGCAGCAAGACAGACCCCAGCACUCCUUCCUCCUCCUCCUCCUCUUCCUCCUGCGCCCCUCGCACCUGCAAAAACAGCGAGAUUGAAAAGUUCACACAGGAGGAGUCCACGGCCACCACCAUGGAGGCUCUGAAGGCUCGAAUCAGAGAGCUGGAGAAGCAGAUCCAGAGAGGGGACCGAUACAAGUGUCUCAUCUGCAUGAGGAAGCCUGCCAUCCAAACAGGCCUGGAGAUCAAAAGCCUGGGGGUGUGGCCCGGACCCCGGCACUUGGCCGGUGAGGUCGGAGAGAGGCAGCCAAAACCCCUCCCCCUUGGCCUGUACUGCCUGUACAGGGGCCUUGUGAUUGGCAGCUACGGCACCGGCACUAAGAGGCUCCUCCCACAGCCCCUACGGAGGGACUCCUACACGAUGCCGCUCACCUCCAUCCAGUGCUGGCAUGUCCACUGUGAAGAAUGCUGGCUCAGGACUCUGGUAAGAAUAGACCUCACACACACACACACACACUUCUCAGCUGAGCUGCUCCCCAAAAGGCUUUUUAAGGUGUAGAAAUAAAAGUCCAACCUCCACUGAUUUCUGCACUGUGCCUCAGGUUCACACACACACAGUCUAACACAGUGGUUGGUUAUUAGCUAGUCUAAUGCUUUCAGCAGUGGGUAAUUAGCUGGUGCUAAUGUGGUAAAUGGAGCGUGGAGUAAAAACACUGUUCCUCCCGGGAGGAUAAACAGACUCUUCAUUGGCUGCUCGUCAUAUUUACUCUCUUCUAAUUCCCUGCGUCCUGUUUCCCAAACCUCUUUGUCUUUGUUGAACAUCAGUCUGUGAUGCAGACGUUUAUAAUCCUGAUAUUUAAAGGUAUUUGGGAUUUUAAUGUUCAAAUGUCCAGCUUUCCCGGUUAAAACAUCCUGAAAAAGUUAAAUCAGUUUCAAGUCUCAAGGAUACUUGAGAAUAAUUGUAGAGAUUGAUUAACAAUCUGUUCAAUAGAAUAAUGACAUGAAUCAUUGUGUCACAUUAUGGAUCAGUCUGUUUAACCCUUCUUACCUGAGGCCCAGUGUUUCCACCUCUGGUAUUAACCGGCGUUCCUCUCCUUGGUGCUCACGUACGCCGCUGCCGUCACCGAACCCACAGCCUGGAGACAGCUGUAAAAAUGGGAUGGUCGGCCCGUUCAAAGUAAAUGCCCUGGGACCCUUGCUGCUUUAAUGAGCCAGGCAGCUGGAGCGCAGCGUGACGGGCACACACCCACGCACACUUACCCACCGCACUACACAGGAGAACACAACGUCAACAGAUGUGUGAACAAACAGGAUGGGGGGGGACAAGGAACAAGUCAGCAUUUUAGCUUCAAAAAGCCAAGGACAAGUAAAAGGAAAAUUAUUAUUAGCAAAUAAUCAACUGGCACGAAAAUAUGGACUAAAGAUAAGAGUCAAGGAACAACAACAACUCAGCCAAGAGAGAUAAGACCUGGUAUUUGCUUGAAAAUACUUCAUUCCUAUACGCAAUUAUGGCACGGAAUGGAGUUAGCAUUCGAUGGAUAAAGGUCAGUCUGAGAGUCCGAAAUUCAAUUCCAAACUAAAAUAUCUAAGUUGAGACGUUGGAAGGAAAUAAUUAUCUGAGAAAUAGAUUUAGAGAAGAAAAAGGUGGCCAAGAAAAGGUGGAGGAGGGUGGAGGAGACCACCCAGUCAGAGCGCCCUCACAGCGUCAGCACAUUAUCACCUGCUGCUUUACUGCAGAUGGAGAACUAUCAGAGGAGGGAGUUCAGAGAUGUGGAUCACACUGAUGUCAAACCCAACUGUGAACCUAACAGUGUUCACCCCCUCGC